GUGGAUUUAAUACAAACGAGGGAGACAAAUUAAUCAGCAUCCGACAUGGAAGCCCCUCUACAGUCAGAGGACUCUGAGUCUUUGGACAGCUGCAUCCAGAAAGCUUUGGCAGCCCUCUAUCCACCUUUCCAGGCCACAUCCUCGACCGUCCUCUGUCAGGUUCUCAGUGUGGUGGACAGAUGUUACAGAGGGGACGGCCUCCGGUACCUUUUACACUUCCUGCUGCCUGCAAAGCACUUCCUGCAGGACCUCCAGCAGGUUGCAUGUUCUCCUUUCUACGGCCGGCUGUUUCGUCAUGAAGGUUGGCCUCUGUGUCUCCAGGAGAAGGUAGUCGUUCAGCUCUGUCCUCUGGACCAGCACCUCCUUCGUCCAGGAGACUUUUACCUGCUGGUUUCUCCUCCUGCCUCCUGCAGGAGCGGCGUGGACACCAGCCCCCGCCUGCUCCUGUGCAGCGUCUCGUCCGGCUCCCAUCAUGUUGAGCAGCAGGAGGUGCCGAGGGCAGCUUUGAAAUCACUCUUCAGCAUGUCCUGGCUGGACUGCGUUAACAGGGAGAGGGAGCGCAGAGGAGCGGCCAGGCUGGAGUGCUGUGUUCUCCUGGCCCACGGAGACGUCUUCAGGGUCCCCUGGGAGGACGUUGUCCACCCACAGUUCCUGGGUCGCUCACAAACCAACCCACAGGAGGACAUGGACUCGUUAGUUAAAGACGGAGACGAUCCAAACUCCUCCAGGCAGGAAGUUGAGCCCCUCCCAUUCCAUUCUGACCAAUCAGCAGCAGGCAGUGGGGGUGAAGACUCUGAAGGGGAGUAUGUCGAGCUGACGGAGCUACCGCUGCCUCGCUUCUACCCCCAGAAAGGAUCUUUAACGCAGUCCAUCAGCUUGCAGAACCGAGCCAGGACCACCCCAAACAUUCACACUCUUGUGACGGAAGAACAAGCUAACACGCACAAGUACAGAACUGAGGCGAAAAACGCACACGCUAACACACACGCCAACACACAUGCUAACACUCAGUCAUAUAUGACAGAGACACAUGCUAACACUCAGCCAUAUAUGACAGAGACACAUGCUAACACACAUGCUAACACUCAGCCAUAUAUGACAGAGACACAUGCUAACACACAGACAUAUAUGACAGAGACACAUGCUAACACACAGACAUAUACGACAGAGACACAUGCUAACACACAAGCUAACACACAUGCUAACACUCAGCCAUAUAUGACAGAGACACAUGCUAACACACACGCUAACACUCAGUCAGAAAUGACAGAGACACAUGCUAACACACACGCUAACACACACGCUAACACACAUGCUAACACACACAAACAUGUUACGGACGUAUACGCUAAAACGCACAAACAUAUGACUGACACUGACGCUAACAAACAAGCUAAUUCACACGAUAACACACACAAACAUGUGACUGACACAUACACUAACACACAAGCUAAUGCACACAGUAACACAUGCCAAGAUGUGACUGACACAUACGCUAACACUUCAAAACAUGUGACCCAGACACAUGCUAGGACACACGAACAUUCAACCAAAACACUUGACUGUGACACACACUGUAACACUAACACACAGAUUGACAGUAACACGCACUCUUCCGACAGUAACACACACUCCUCUGACAGUAACACACACUCUUCCAACAGUAACACACACUCUUGUGACAGUAACACACACUCUUCCGACAGUAACACACACUCCUCUGACAGUAACACACACUCCUCUGACAGUAACACACACUCCUCUGACAGUAACACACACUCUUCCAACAGUAACACACACUCUUGUGACAGUAACACACACUCCUCUGACAGUAACACACACUCCUCUGACAGUAACACACACUCCAGACUCCUUGAGGAGAACCUCAGCCAGGAUUCCUGCGGAGGCCGCCUCCUUCCUCCCUCCUCUUCCUCUGAUCCUGUGGAAGAUGAGGAGAAACUUGAAGUUUACCAUCACGGCUCGUCUCCUGUCCAAUCAAAUGUCAAUGUGUCUGCUGGUACUGGUCCAACAGAACCAGAACCAUCACCAGCUGCCUCUACAGUCCAGUUCCAGUCCUCCCAGUCCAGCUUCUACAGUCAGCUGCUGCGAUCUGGAGCUGUGUGUCUGCCUGGAACUAAAGACCGAGGAGGACGAGCUCUGCUGACCGUCUGCAGUUUAAGCCCCGUGUGGUCGAACCCCUGCUGCGACAGUGCAAGGCUGCUCCGCCUCCUCCUCUACUACACCUUCACUCUCAGGUGGAGAUGCUGAACUCCAUCAAGUCCCUGCAGAGACACGUGGAGCUGCAGCAGCUUCCUGUAAACUUUGGAGGAUCGUUCAUCUUCAGUCAGAACAGCUGGAUCAGCUUCACAUCUAGAGUCGAUCAGCUGACCCAUCAGUGUAAGGAUGUCAUCCACCUGCUGCAGAAAAGCAUCAGCAUCCUGCAGAGUACACCUGUACCUGCUGACAAACAGGGAGCGGAGCUGCUGCUGUCCAGGUACAAGGCAGUGAUGGGCAGCAUCCUUGAAGACGUUCGAUUGGUCCAGCUGCAGCGGGAGGGCGGAGCCUCUCUGUCGCUGCUCCGCAGGGAGGAGGGCGGCGACGGCGGCAUGUCGGAGGAGCAGCGGGCGGCCGUGGAGGAGGUGUCGUCUCUCUACGACAAAGUGGACGAGCUGCUGCACCUCCUGGUCACUCUGUCCAACGCCAAGACCCAGGAGCUCAACUUCAUCUUGGACUUCAGGAACCUGGAGCAGGACUUCAGCUCGGUGAAGGCGUGGCUGGAGGAGGUUGGAGAGGUCCAACUGAAGGCUCUGAAUGAACCUGCAGAUUCUUUGGAGCUUCUGAACAGGAGACAUCAGGACUUCAACGAUUUCUACCCAGCUGCUUAUGACCACUGUAAACGAGGCGAGGCUCUGCUGACCCGCCUGGAGCGCUGGGACGACGUGUCCUCCGCCGACCUCAGCAUCUACGAGGACAAGGUCCACUCGUUCUGGGCCCAGCUGCAGGAUUUUUCUCAGCGCGUCAAGAACACCGGGAACAACAUCAAUCGGGCCGUCCAGCUGUACUCCUUCUUGGAUCAGGCCUAUGGGUGGGCGUUGGAGGGAAUGCGCCACCUCGCUGGGAUCUCCAUGGAGGACUGCACGCUCCCAGACAAAUGCCAGGCUGUGAUUGACAGCUUGGAGGAGUUCCAGCAGAAACGCCCACCAAUCACAGACGCUCGUUUCCAGGAGAUGAAAGCCGAGGCGGCCGAGCUACAGGGCGAGCGAGGGCUUCGUCAGUGGAGCUUCACCUGGGCCAAGUGCCUGGAGACCAGAAAAAUGUUUGACAGGAAGAUGGAGGCGGUGCUUAGGUCACGAGACUCCGCCCACAGACGCCGCUCUGACUCUGCCACCAGCAGAAGCUCCAUCUCCUCCAGAAAGUCUCUGUCAGGACUGUGGAGCGUCCAAGAGGACUCCCCGUGUCCCCUAGAGGAGGAGGACAGCUCAUCGUCUGUCUUUUCUCCCUCCCCGCCCACCUCCCACCGCACCCCGCUCCUCCGCCGUCUUUUUCGAAGCUCCUCCUCAUUCGACGAGUCCCCGGAGCGGAAGGACGGCGUCUCCCCCAGGCACGCUCGCCUCAGCUCCUCCUCCAGCUUCUUCAGCUUCUCCCCCUUCUCCUCCCCCAGCUUCUCCCCCUCCUCCAGGAGGCGGCAGCAGCAUCUGAGGAAGACUCAGAGCUUCGACCUCCCCUCCACGCCCGACGGGUCGCGGUACAGCCCGGGUCCCCGCGUCCUCAGCGAGCCGCCUCGCAGGGGGAACACGGGCGUGUUCAUCCGAGGUCUGGAGGUCAGCAGCACGGAGGCGGCCGAUCAGAUCCUGUGCCCCAGGACCCCCACCCACAGCUGGACCGGUCAAAGACCACACGGUCCUCGGACCCCCGGGACCCCCGCAGCAGACACCCACCCCAGAGGAGGAAGCAGGCUGUGUCACAUCGUGGAGGAAAUGGUGACGACGGAGCGCGAGUACGUGCGCUCGCUGCGUUACAUCAUCCAUCACUACUUCCCUGAGAUGGACCGGGCCGACCUCCCGCAGGGCCUGAGAGGAAAACGCUCCGUCAUCUUCGGAAACCUGGAGAAGCUGCUGGACUUCCACAGCCAGUUCUUCCUGAAGGAGCUGGAGGCCUGCUGGAAACACCCGCUGCGAGUGCCGCACAGCUUCCUGCGACACGAGGAGCAGUUUGGUCUCUACGCUCUGUACAGCAAGAACAAACCCAAAUCUGACGCCCUGCUGGCCAACCAUGGACACACGUUCUUCAGGAGGAAGCAGCUGGAGCUGGGGGAUAAGAUGGACCUGUCGUCCUACCUGCUGAAGCCCAUCCAGAGGAUGAGUAAAUACGCUCUGCUCCUGAAGGAUCUCAUGAAGGAGGUGGGCGCCGCAGAGGAGGCGGAGCUUACCGCUCUGCAGGCCGCCACCAACAUGGUGAAGUUCCAGCUUCGCCACGGCAACGACCUGCUGGCCAUGGACGCCAUCAGAGACUGUGACGUGAACCUGAAGGAGCAGGGUCAGCUGAUCCGUCAGGAUGAGUUCACGGUUCUGAGCGGCAGGAGGAAAUGUCAGCGCCACGUCUUCCUGUUCGAGGAGCUCAUCCUCUUCAGUAAACCCAAGAAGGUGGAGGGGGGGCUGGACGUCUUCAUCUACAAGCACUCCUUCAAGACCGCCGACGUGGGUCUGACAGAGUCGACGGGGGACAGCGGGCUCCGGUUCGAGAUCUGGUUCAGGAGGAGGACGUCCAAGAACCAGACCUACAUCCUUCAGGCCGCGGCGGCAGACGUCAAACACACCUGGACGAGUGACAUCGCCCGCAUCCUGUGGACCCAGGCCACCAGGAACAAAGGAGCCAGAACUCGGGCCUCCAUCGCUGUAUCCGUGUUCGACCACUCUCAGCCGUUCAGACGGGACCCCGGCUCCUCGGACCCCGCAGCUUCAGGACCGUCCUCCCUCAGCCUGCUGGGCCCGCUCAACCUGCACAUGUACAGCCAGUCGCUCCCCGCCGCGCCUCCCGCCUCCUUCAGCACCUCCUGCAUCGAGGAGGACGAGCAGGAGCACGAGACCGGCAGCCAGCCUUCGAUGAGCACGGAGAGCUCCGGCUCCUCGUCUCGCGGCCUCUCCGGGUCCACGGGCUCUGACAGCGGCUGCGCCUCCUCGCACCUGCAGGAGGCGCCGCUGGGGGAGUCCGGCCCCCCCAGCCAGCCUUCCUCCUCCUCCUCCUCCUCUUCCUCCAACAAACAGCACCUCUCCAGCAGUUUCAUGUCUUCUAAAGCUGCUACUGUUGUCUGACCUUCAUCCUCCUCCUCACGGUGGAAGUCACACCUGAGUUCUGAUGUUCUUCAGAACUGUUCUGUUGGUUCCGUCUGAUCCGGGUUCAGCCUGUAAAUAAUCCACAGCCAAGCUUUCACGUUUUUCACUCUGCUAAUAAAAGUGUUUGUUAAAAACAGA